AAUGGAUGAGGCUGGAUUCCACUCCAUAUUUUGCGUCCCGCUUUGCCUCGCCGGUGCAUCUGAUGUGAACGCUGAGCGCUCCCCUCCACACAGCAUUUCCACUUCAACCCAGCGACCAGGGGGCUUCGUCUGCUCUGCAAAGUUGAGUCAACACGCCGGGGAAACGCACUGCCUGGAUUCAUGUGGCACCUCCAUACUUGCAGUCCUGUUAUCCUGCGGCGCCGGGGGACUUUUAAUCAUUCUCGUUUGCGAUAGGAGCACGUUUUUGCUUUGGGGAAAUGUGUUUGUACUAAUAGUUGAGUUGCAACCAUUAAACGCCCAGUCAUUAAGUACCUGCGGAUCUACUGCAGGGGAGUUUUUUUUUUCUUUUUUGGGAAAUCACCAAGGAUAUAUACCGCAGAGAAGCUUAAGGAUCAUCACAGAAGUGAACAAUGCUCAGACUAGAGACCAUCAUUUGCACUUUUUCUGUGCUGUCUGUUGCAGCAAGAGCCGAUUUGAAGGCACGGAACUGCAGCGAGGUGAGGGAGGCUUGUAUCGGGAAAGGCUUCAGCUUCGCAAAUGUUCCUCUCCAGGAGAUCCCAGGUGAACAUCUUCGUGUAUGUCCUCAGGGAAACACAUGUUGCACCCAGGAAAUGGAGGACAAAUUUGGCCAACAGAGCAAACAGGACUUUGAGAAUCUGGUUGAUGAAAUGAGUCAUGAAUUGAGAAGCACCUUUGUUUCCAGACAUAAAAGAUUUGAUGAAUUCUUCCUGGAGCUGCUGGAGAACACAGAGAGGUCCCUGAAUGAGAUGUUUGUGAGGACUUACGGCAAGCCUUACAUGCAGAACUCCGAAGUCUUUGAGAACCUGUUUGCAGAGCUGAAGCGCUAUUACACAGGAGGAAAUGUUAACCUGGAGGAAAUGCUUAAUGACUUCUGGUCACGGCUGCUGGAGCGUAUGUUCACGCUACUCAACUCCCAGUACGCCAUCACUGAGGACUAUCUGGAGUGUAUCAGUAAGUACACCGACCAGCUCAAGCCCUUUGGAGACGUGCCCAGGAAGCUCAAGGCUCAGGUUACCCGGGCAUUCAUCGCUGCACGAACAUUUGUCCAAGGGCUCUCUGUUGGCCGGGAGGUGGCUCAGAGAGUGUCUAAGGUGAGCAGCACUCCAGCGUGUAUUCGAGCACUGACCAAGAUGAUGUACUGCCCGUUUUGUCAGGGCAUGCCGUCAGUAAAACCCUGUAAGAACUACUGCUUGAAUGUCAUGAAAGGCUGCCUUGCCAAUCAAGCUGAUCUGGAUCCAGAGUGGAAUCUGUACAUUGAUGCUUUGCUGCUGGUGGCACAGAGGCUGGAGGGACCUUUCAACAUUGAAUCUGUCAUGGAGCCUAUUGAUGUCAAGAUUUCAGAGGCCAUCAUGAAUAUGCAAGAUAACAGUGCCCAGGUCUCCUACAGGGUUUUCCAAGGCUGUGGCCAGCCAAAACCCGCAGGAAUGACUAGGUCUACCCGUGGUGUUUCGGAUGUGUUCAACGCUCGCUUCAGGCCAUACAGCCCCGAGGAGCGGCCUACCACUGCAGCUGGCACAAGCCUAGACAGACUGGUGGUCGACAUAAAAGAGAAACUGAAGCUGUCAAAGAAAUUUUGGUCCAACCUGCCCGAGGCGAUGUGCGUGGAGGACAGAGUGACCGCUGGAAAUGCCAGCGAUGAGGAGUGCUGGAAUGGACACAGCAAGGGCAGGUACUUCCCUGAAGUUCAAAAGGAUGGACUGACCAACCAGGUGAAUAAUCCUGAGGUGGUUGUGGACAUCACCCGCCCAGACACUUUCAUCCGCCAGCAGAUCAUGGCUCUGAGGGUGAUGACCAACAAGCUGAAAAAUGCCUACAAUGGCAACGAUAUCUACUUUCAAGACUCAAGCGAUGAAGGCAGCGGCUCAGGUAGUGGCAGCGGCUGCACAGAGGUCUGCCCUACAGACAUGGACGGUGCUGCCACUGAGGCCCCGGUGGUGGAAGCCGACCGGAGCGGGCCUGUGGAUGAUUCUGCCCCGCUCCGUGCACCUUCUGUAGCCCUGCCAACCAUUCUGGCCCUCUCAGCCCUGGCACUCCACCGACAAUGGAGAUAAUGCUGGAGGAACCAGCUAAACAUGGACAGCAGGGGUUUUUUUUCUUUUUCUUUCUUUUUCUUUCUUUUUUUUUUUUUUUUUUUUUUUUUGCAGUUUUUGUAUUCAGGCAGAUUGGAGCUACAGUCAAGCAGACAGUAUUCAGGCUGCCAGCCUGGAGGCUAGAGAAGUCUGCUCUGAAAAAGAGAGCAGCCAUGCAUCAUGAUUUCCCACUUUCCCAAAGAUCGUGCAGUGCCAUCCUUAGACUUGACAUUUUAUGGCAACAGUUCACCAUCUAACACUGAUGCCGACCCAACAAACUCUACUUCAGAGAUUUCUUGCACAUAUGGCAGGUAUUAAUGUAGGUCUCCAUGUGGAAAAAUAUAACACGCACUUUGAUUGUUUUGAUUUUUUUAUGCAAAAAUUGUUUGUGUGUUGAAAAAUGUUGAGAAUGUGAUUAUUUGAUGCACCUAAAAGAGGCACAAUAAGUUUAAUAUAUGUUAACAUUAUAUUUUGAAACAAAAAAUGUGCUUUCCACCUAAAAUUUGAAUUGAAUCCUUGUUCCAUUGCCAUUAACUCGUGCCAAUUAUUUAUUUUUGAUAAGAAGCGAUCGAAUUUUCAUCAAAGUCAUCAUAAAUCCGUCUUUGUUUUGAGAUAAGAUGCAGCCACUGUAUCAUCAUCUUAUGUUUCACCGUAAUUUCAACCCGGACGUUUGGCAAAAUUGUAGUUUAAGUAUAUGAUGGGUUGGUCAUGGGUCUGCUCGGUUCGACAGCCGCCUUGUGCUAAAACUCGCAUUCUGUUAAAAGGGAUAAAACUGACAUUUUUAUAUACUCAUUUGCCUUGCAACAAAUUUAUUAUCUGCAAAAUAUUCUCAUAUCAUGCUGGUUUCUCAGGCUUCGCUUCAGGAGCAGACAGCCUGGACAGAAUUAAUACGGAGCAAUUAUUAACAGA